AUGAGUCAGCAGCAUGGACAGACUCGCGUCUUCAGAGCUGAGCUUCUCCGGAGACAGAAAGAACUGACUGCAGAGGCUCAGGGACUGCGAGCUGUCUGUACUGACGCCGCGCUCCGUGCGUGGCCCGGAGGACCUGGGCGCCCUGGAUCACAUGGUCAGGAUGACCACGAGCCUCUAACAGCCCUGUCGUGGCCCUCACGUACCAGACCGUGUGCCCCUAGAGCUCCCUGUGCAUGGGGAAGAGGCGGCUGGCGGUGCAGGAAAUCCUGGCGGCUCAGGAAAUUGUGGCGGCGCGCCUCGGGGUGGGGAGGUAGGCGCAGGAGGCGGACGAAGCGGAGGGCGCAGAGCAGCACAAGUGGUCCUGCACAGCCGCCGCAGGCUCCCGGGAGGACUCCCCAAGAGCAGGCCUCCCACCUGCCCUGCUGCUGGUAUCCUGGGGCUCCGCCUACCCCGCCCAGCGGAACGCCAACCUUCUGCCCCUUCAGCGCCUGCGGCGGAGCAGCUUGCAGGCGGGCAUGGUGGUGCCCCGGGUCCGCCUCAGCAAGGCGCCGGCGCCCACCUUCCAGCCCGCGAGGCCAGCGCAGAAGGGCAGCACCAAGGACAAUGGCCACCUGCGGAUACCCAAGUUCCCCUACAAGGUGGCCAAGGAGGAGAAACCGGAAGCUGAGGAGGCAUAGAAUAAGCACCAGGCCAAGGUGCAGGAGAAGCUCCCGCCGCCCUGGAAGAAGAGGACGUGAGAGUCUGCGGGUGCUUGACACGGGGUUCGAGGACAGGGCCUGGGGUCUGGCCUUACCCCAGGAGAUUCUGUUUCACCCACAACAGACUCGCUCCACACCGGAGACCUGGUCACUGCUGACAGCAGGGAGAGAAGCAGGCAGAGGGGCCCAGCACGGCCCUCCUGCAUUCAGAAAUCGUAUUUUCCAACGAACAUCACGAACUCCAUUUCCUGAUCCCAGGAGGAAGCUCGGGUCUCAGGAGUGGUCAAUGCUGAGAUGACAAAGCUAUUGAAAUUCUGAUCUCCAUAGUUUUGAGGUCUCUAGUGUUGCCAGGAGACUGUCAGGAGAGAGCUUGAAAAGAAAGAGGCACAUGAUGUUUCACACUGCUUUUCCCAAAUGCAGCCAAGGGACAGCCUCUGCACACUGAGGUAAUUCUAGAUUAUUGGCUCCAUGCUCCUCCCUCCUCCUUUCUAGUGAGUUUAGUGCUGGCUGACUGUAGAACACUUUAUUCACAGAAGCUAGUAGAAAAAAUUGUCACUCUUAAUUCACAUGCUCUAACAUCAGACCGGGAGUGACUGGUUCUGGAGGGAAGUGCUAGGACUGCCUCAUUUGUGUUCUCAUCAGCUGCCUCAGUGUACAUGGAGGUGGAUUUCACUGGUGUUGAUACAUGCUUUCAAAUCCACAAGAGGCUCUCCGAGGGACAGAAGUGACUUCACACCCACCGUAAAGCCAUUUCUGUUGCCAGAGUCCCCAAUCUCCAAUCACCAAAAAAUUCUCCACCAAGGGGCGAGCUCCAGCCAUCUCACUUGUAAUCAGUAGCAUUGACAUUGUCUGAGAAAUAUUUAUUCUGUCCACUUUAAGCUUAAUUUUCACAAACAUUAAAAAGUAGUAAAAUAGGCUUUAGAUUUUCCUCUAUUUAUAUAGAAAUCCCUGAGAAGGUAGCUGUCAACUUGAAAUUCACUCUCUACAGUUAAUUAACAUCAGGGUGCAGGGAGGGACCCUGAGCCCCAUCCCUGUGCACAGCAGGGGCUGGGCUGUCAUUGCAGGAGAGCAAACCUGGUCUCCCUUCUGAGCAAAGAGGAGGGGGUGGGAGGGGCACGGCGGUGGAGGAAUUCUUAGCCAUCAGCACAGAUGCUGGCAGGCCUGCUGUUCACUCACUCUGGGGGCCUGGAGGUCCCACCAUGAAAACACCACAUUGCCUCACAGAGGCCUCUGCUUUUCUGUCCUUGGUAGACCUCAGGGUAGGUGGUGCCAGGGAUCAUAAAGAACUUAACUAACUGGGAGAAGAAAACAGGCAAAGGAAGGAAGUGUGAAUGCGGAAGAAGAGAUGAGGCAAUAGGGGUGGGAGAACAUGGUGAUAAAGCCAGGGGAGGCAGUGUGGUGGCAACUGACAGGAGAGGAGAAGGGGGCCCAUGAUCAUCAGUCCCCUCCUUCCUGAACAACAUGAGGGGUACAGGGAGGGCGAGCCCUCAGUGAGUGAAUGCAGCAGUUCAAAGAAACAAAAAUAGACAAAAAUAAUAAAUGUUCUCCUAGGACACCAGGUUUUUAGGGAGGCCACUGUGAGACCUCUGAAUGCCCGAUGCCCAAUAGUGCUGAGGGGGUAAGUGACAAAAAGCCUGCACCCCCCAGCCCUGUGCGCCCCCUGAGACCAAGGAGCCUGGGUCAUUAGUACCUAGGGCUAGAGGAAAGGGCUUCCAAAUGGCUCAGGAAGAUGAGUGGGCAUUUCACUCCCCCUCUGGGACCAGAUGACCACACCUCCCCUGAGGAAUCCCUUACCCAAAAUAAUUGAACAUAAUAAUUUUGCUUAAAUAUAAGCUGGCUCAUCUGAUCACCCUGACACUGACCCCAGGACACCCCCCUCAAGGUGGCUCCAGUUCCUCAUCAUCUAGACUUUUCUCCCUGCCCUCCCCACACUCCCUGAGCCUGGCUGGAGGCCUGCUUGUCCCCUCUGCUGCCCACUCCAAAGAGAACAAGAAACCAAGAGCAUGGGCUCUCCAUAGGUCGAGGAAAGAGGCUUGGCGACACUUCCUUUGACUUGGAAAAUUCCUGUACUAGCAAAUUUGCUUCCACAUGGCAAAGAUGAGAAGUGCUGGGCCAGUAGCCAGGCACACAGCUGCAGGAGCUACCUGGACCUGCCUCAUGGGCCAAAGGGAAGGGCUGCCCACAGGCAAGCCAGGUCUAGAGCGAGUCCAGAGAGACCAGGGAGAGUCUGAGAUCCAAUCAGGGAUGACCCUUCUUUCAGUUGGGUCUGGUGGGUUUUCAAAAUCCAGUCUUUCCACUGGGACCAUACCAAAGCCCCCCGGGAGGUCAGACUUCCCAGUCCCACCAGAGCCCCCCGUGAAGCUGUAAUUUUCUCUCAAGUUGCAUACACUGGCCAGGUAAAGUCAGCUUCUACUCACCAGGCAAGUGGCCAGCUCACCUUCCAAUUUGCCUAAGAAAUCUGGGUCCUGCCCCAUACUUGCUGGCUUGGCAGGCUUUUCAAAAUGCAGGUAUCUCUGGAGCUGUUUUGUGGACACCAGGAGCAUUACUUGACAAGCCCUGUGCUAGCCCCAGGGUACCCUGUGCACCUGGGUAAGGCUGGAACACAUUGGGAACAGGGACCCAACAUGCCCACUCUGGAACAGCGUGGGACCUGGGGAAAUCGCCAGUUGUUUGCUGUCCUGCCAUUGCUGUUCUACACAUCCCUGCAGACUAUGAGCAUCGGUUACAGUGUGGUGGCGGCGGGUCAGGACCAGAAAUGUCCAUUUUUGACCUGGAAGCAGCACACACCCAAGGCUUAGGGUAGACGUGUUUGCUCUAUACCAUACCCAGUGCCAACUUCCCAUGGUGGAAACAGGAAGGAAUGUCUGGCAACCCGCCAAGGGUCAGAUGCCACAUCAGCCUGAGCACAAGGUGCCUGACACUGGCUGUUCCAAUGACAAUAGGACAUCCUUGGGAAGGUGGAGCCAUUUGUGAGAGGUCAGGAUGGGUGUCCUGGAAGUGCCACUUAAAGGCGACUGAGGCCUCUCAAAAUCCCUGUGUUAGAGCUGCAGCUCUCCAUGUGGGCUGCAGUGCAGUCACCUGCGGAGCUUUAGGACAGGCCCAAGCUCAGAUCCUUGGGCCAGUGCCUUCAGAACUUUCGCAGCAGGGAUAGCUGGCUUGGAAAGGCAUGCCUGGGAGACCAUGUGACACUGCCUGGCUGGGUCCUGGGCUGACAGAGGUGAGCGUGGAGCUCGUGGUGACUUGGUAAUGCUGUGAAUUAUGUACAUGUGGCAGGAAGGUGCCACAAUGCCAAGGCCCCAAGUCUUGGAAAUUCCAUGAGGUCCGCAUGAGGUUGAACUAAACACCAAGUGCGGUCCUCAAAGGAAAAAUAAAAGAAAUACCCACAGAAGGGACUCUUUGGAACUGAGUCUGGAAGAGAGGGCUGCCUGGUCCACUCCAGGAGAAUUUGCCUAAAAUAAGUUUGCUUCCCAUUGCAUUCUCUUUGCUUGUUCUAAACAUCACCUCCCCCCAUUCCCUUAAUUUGCAUCAUUCUGGGCUCCUUACUCUUGUUGCAUCUUUUUUUACAUUGUAAGGAUGUCUGGAUUCGAUUUACUUAAGCGCAUAUAUGGCUUAAUUUUGUGUUUCUGGUAAUCAUUAAUUACAUUUCCCCAUUUUAUCAAAUGACAUGUUUUCUUCAUAUCUAUUUUUAAUAUGUUAAAGAUUUUGUAUCCAGUUUAUCUAAAACUCCUUGAUUAAAUUGAGUUUAAUUCUAGCAAUUCAUACAUGCUUAGCUCUGCGUUGUUUUAUAAUUUGACGAUAAAUGUUUUUCCCCAAUAUAUGACUGUAUGGGUAAUACUUUUUAAAAAGAUACAGCACCACGCUGGCGGCCGGAGGCGGGGGGCCGGGGGAGGCCUGGGCGGGGCGGUGGAGUCUCUGUCCAGGAAAGCCUGGUGGGCGCCAAGGUCCCUGAUUCUUGCUUCUGUGUCCCCAGGGAAGCCCUAGCUCCACCCCAAGCCUGGCGGAAACCUCGCUUCUUUUACAUUAUUGUUUGUUUUUAUUUUAACAUUUUAGGACAUUGAUAAAAUCACUUUCUGAGUUUUGAGAUUAAAAAAUAAGUAAUUUUCAACUUUACCCUUUUUUAAAUGUUUCACUAUUUCAAUGCUU